AUGAGGCUGCUAAUUCUUGCGCUGUUCUUGGUGUCAACGACCGCAAACGUCGUACGUUACGGCGGUCGACAAAGAUACACUGGUGGAUACGGCGAUAUAGAUGGAUACGAACAAAUGCAUGGUUACGGGGAUGUACGUGGAUACGGUAACAUGUACCACAGACACCGCAAUAGGGGAAUCGACGGAUACGAUAUGGAAGGAUACGGGAGUAUGCAUGGUUACGGCAGAAUGGGUGGACAUGGUGAAAUGAAUAGAUACGACGACACAGGUGGAUUCGGCAACAUGCUCGGGUACGCGGGAAUGGGUGGAUAUAAUGGAAUCGUUAGAUUCGGUAGCAUGCUUAGAUUCGGCGGUAUGAGUGGACGUGAACAAGGUCCUAUGUAUGGUGGGGGAAACUACGGGAUGGGUCCAUUAGGCGGCCUUUGGGACUACGAAAGAAGAGGAAGACGUCAUUUGCAAUCCAUGCACCCCGUGUAUGACGGGGAUUACGACCCGUUCGGUGUCCAUGGAGAUUUGAGAGGAUUCGGGCGCAUCGGCGGUCACCGUGAGCACCGCGGUGGUGGUGGUUGGCAUGGGUACCGAGGAGUAACGCCGUACCGCAAUAUUGCCCGAUUUGAUGUAAACCCUAUGUACCAUGGAGGCUUUCCUCGACCUGGAAAGAGAUUGAUGUUUUAA